UGCCCGCCCGGGGUGGUGGUGCUGCCCGGUGCUACCCACUGGCGCUGCGGUGCUCGUCUGGAGCGGGCUUGGCGGGCGCGGGCGCGCGCGGCGGCGGCGUUGGAUCCGUCCACGUACUGCGAGAGCCCGGUGUACAGCCCGGACGUGUGCCCCAACAUGAUCGCGGCGCAGGCCAAGCUGGUGUACCAGCUGAACAAGUACUACACGGAGCGCUGCCAGGCGCGUAAGGCGGCCAUCGCCAAGACCAUCCGCGAGGUGUGCAAGGUGGUGUCCGACGUGCUCAAGGAGGUGGAGGUGCAGGAGCCGCGCUUCAUCAGCUCGCUGAGCGAGAUCGACGCGCGCUACGAGGGCCUCGAAGUCAUCUCCCCCACCGAGUUCGAGGUGGUGCUCUACCUCAACCAGAUGGGCGUCUUCAACUUCGUCGACGACGGCUCUUUGCCGGGCUGCGCCGUGCUCAAGCUGAGCGACGGCCGCAAGCGCAGCAUGUCGCUCUGGGUGGAGUUCAUCACGGCCUCGGGCUACCUGUCGGCGCGCAAGAUCCGCUCGCGCUUCCAGACGCUGGUGGCGCAGGCGGUGGACAAGUGCAGCUACCGUGACGUGGUCAAGAUGAUCGCCGACACGAGCGAGGUGAAGCUGCGCAUCCGAGAGCGCUACGUGGUGCAGAUCACGCCCGCCUUCAAGUGCACGGGCAUCUGGCCGCGCAGCGCGGCGCAAUGGCCGCUGCCGCACAUCCCCUGGCCGGGGCCCAACCGCGUGGCCGAGGUGAAGGCCGAGGGCUUCAACCUGCUCUCCAAGGAGUGCUACUCGCUGACGGGCAAGCAGAGCUCGGCCGAGAGCGACGCCUGGGUGCUGCAGUUCGGCGAGGCCGAGAACCGCCUGCUGCUGGGCGGCUGCCGCAACAAGUGCCUGUCGGUGCUCAAGACGCUGCGCGACCGGCACCUCGAGCUGCCCGGGCAGCCGCUCAACAACUACCACAUGAAGACGCUGCUGCUCUACGAGUGCGAGAAGCACCCGCGGGAGACCGACUGGGACGAAGCGUGCCUGGGCGACCGGCUCAACGGCAUCCUGCUGCAGCUCAUCUCGUGCCUGCAGUGCCGGCGGUGCCCGCACUACUUCCUGCCCAACCUCGACCUGUUCCAAGGCAAGCCGCACUCGGCCCUCGAGAGCGCCGCCAAGCAGACCUGGCGCCUCGCCAGGGAGAUCCUCACCAACCCCAAGAGCCUCGACAAGCUAUAGAGGAGGGGGGAAGGGGGUUGGAAAACGCCAGGAGAAAGAGGGACAGAAAUAAAGACUGCGCGGAACCCGAAUUAAAAACAAAACUCUUAUUUAAAAACAAGAAGAGGAACGGGGAGCAGCAGGCAUCCCCUCCCCACGAAAGCGCAAAAAGGACUCCAAGCCUAGCAGCGGGCACCGGCGCUCUCCCUUUCUCCUUUUUUU